UUUAUAUUAUACCGGUAUUCAGGGAUCAAUGUAUUCUGGUGUUGUUUGUGUAUGUGUUAAAUUGCACUUUUGCCUCAUUGACUAUUCAAGACCUGAGCGAGAUCAAUAUGGUGGCGUAUCUGUUAUUCGUGUUUGCGUUGGUGUCCGCUGUGACAGCUGAAAAUCAAAAACUAGUCGCCAAAGUGUUCCUCACAGAACCACUCCGGAAAAAUAACAUCCAAGGCAACAUUACAUUUACACAAGUCGAUGACCAGAAAGUUCAUGUGGAAGGUGUCGUAAUUGGUCUGCCAGCUGGUCGCUAUGGCUUCCACGUUCACGAGAAGGGGGAUCUGUCAGGUGGCUGUGCAUCUGCUGGUCCCCAUUUUAACCCUGAAAAGAAACAACAUGGCCAUCCUAAUGACCAGAACCGUCAUGUGGGUGACUUAGGCAACGUAGUCUUCAAUGAAGACUCCGUGGCAACAAUCGAUUUUAUGGACACCAUGAUCGCUCUGUAUGGCCCUCACUGCAUUCUGGGAAGGUCUAUUGUGCUACAUGAGAGUGAUGAUGACUAUGGAAGAACUGAUCAUCCCGAUUCGAAGACGACUGGAAACGCUGGUGGAAGAGCCGCCUGUGGUGUAGUUGGGAUUGUUGAUCCCGUCACCCCUUGGAACUCCAGUGGAACGAUCAGUGCUUCUAUUUUGUUGAUAGCAUCCAUACUUACAUUAAUUAUGUAUUAAAUUAGUAUUCAUAGUUUUUACAAUCUUUGUAGAGUCUACAUCAGAAAAGUAAUGAAAAUUAUAUUAUACAAUUCAUAUGAAAACAUUAAGUGCAUUAAUAAAAGAUUAGUAGUA